AUGUCAAGAUGUGAACUUUUUAUUCAAUUAUUAAAAAUGUUAGAUAAUGAACAAAUAGAUUUUGCGAGAGAAUUAUUAGCAAAUAACAAUCUCAAAAAUAAGGAAUUAUUUGAAUAUCAUGAUCAAGACGGGAAUACAUUAUUACACCGGUAUUUAGUUAAAAAUAAACCAGAGAUUGUACGUUUUCUGAUUUACAAUGGAGCAGAAGUCAAUGUAUUGAAUAAAGAUGGAUGGUUACCAUUCCAUUUGGCCGUAUUUUGUUCUGCAGAUAUAAAUAUACUGCAGUGUAUUGUUGAUGCGUCGCAUGGAAAAUAUACAAGAUGA